AAUAAUUUUGAGAACUCUUCUUCUUUGUGUAGAAUCGAGAUGGCUUAUGAAGCUCUUGAUGACCUGCAACAAAUCUUAGAUCAAAUCCUAGAACACCGUUAUGAUAUCCUCACUCAUUCUAUAAAACAAGAAAUUAUAUCCAUCCGCGACCAUUCUAUUGUGUUGCAAUGGAAUCUCAAACAUUAUCCAAACAAACAAAGAAUCAGAGAGGCAGCAAGUUCGACACAUGAGAUUAUUGAACAUCUCUUCUCUGAAGAAAAUGUUUCAUAUAUUGGACCAAUAAAGCAGGCAGCCAGACUUGCAAUUUUGAGGGAAUUAGCAGCGCGGCUGGAGUCAACCGUUGGAGAUGUGGUGGAUUGCAUCAAGGGUAAGGGCUCAGCCGGCAGCGUAACUGAUUCUCCCGAUGUUCGCUCAUCAUCAAGAUCAGCAAUCACAAGCAGCAAAGAUGAUGACGUGGUUGGAUUUGAACAAGAUGUGAAAGUGAUCAAGCGUCGGCUUUUACGAGGAUCAUCAAAACUACAUGUCCUCCCAAUUGUUGGAACUGGAGGUAUUGGUAAGACUACACUUGUUAAAAUUGUUUAUGAUGAUGUAUCCGCUAUUAAACAUUUUGAUAUUUGUGGUUGGGUCACAAUAUCACAAGAUCAUAGUGUAGAACGCAUUGUUCUAAAUCUUCUAGCUUCCAUGAAAGGAAUUUCAACAGUAAGAGAUGCUGAGAGCGACAUUCCUAUGGAAACCUUAAUUUGCGAGUACCUAAUGGGUCGGAAGUAUCUUAUUGUAAUGGACGACAUAUGGAGCAAGAAAGCCUGGGAUGAUGUAAAGAUGUUGUUUCCUGACGUUGGUAAUGGGAGUCGGAUCAUAGUGACCACAAGGCUGCAAGAUGUGGCUGCUUAUGUCGGCUCUUCUAGCUCCAUUUAUACUAUGAGUCCGUUAGAUGCAUAUCAUAGUUGGAAUUUGCUAAAGCAUAAGGUGUUUGCCGGUACAUACUUUCCUAUUGAACUGGAAGAAAUCGGGAAGAAAAUUGUUCAAAAUUGUGGAGGACUCCCCCUUUCAAUCGUGGUGGUGGCAGGACUUCUAUCUAAGGUUCAUACUAUAUCCUCAUGGGAGCAAAUUGCUGCAAAUGAUGGGCAAGUUGAAACAAUAAUUUGUUCAAGUUAUACUCAUUUACCCAAUAACUCGAAGCCAUGUCUUUUAUAUAUGGCUGGCUUCCCAGAAGAUCAGGAGAUUCGUGUUUUUGAACUUGUUAAUCUUUGGAUAUCUGAAGGUUUUGUAACAUGCUCAAAUGGAUCUAAAAGCUUGGAAGAGGAGGCAGAAGAUUGUUUCGAUGAUCUUGUCGAAAGAAGUUUAGUUUUGGUCACCAGCAGGAGGAAGUCUGAUGGGAAAACAAAGAGUUGCAGGCUUCAUGAUCUCGUGCGGGAAUUUCUCGUAAGGGAGGCUGCGAAAGAGAAGGUAAUUCUUUCUGUUAUGGAUUACUUACCUACUCCUAUCCUGCGAAAGCAUUUUGUUCCACGUCUCAUAAAAGAUCAUCAUAGCAUAAGUGCUAGUUCGUAUGAUCUACAUCUCAAAGACUAUGUGCAUAGCUCACACAUCCGUACCAUAAUAUGCAUUCCGAAGAAAGGGUAUAGAUCUAUGGGCGCUGUAGAGAAGUUUAGUUCGCUGAGGGUCCUUCAUGUUUUACGCGGAAACGAUUAUUGGGUUUGGGAGCCAGGUCAAGUGUUCAAUCUGGUUCAUUUAACUUAUAUUGCUUCCAACGUUAUUUUUUCCUCAGCCAUAUCAAAGCUUCAGAAUCUUCAAACUUUAAUUAUUUAUAGAUCCGAGGUUGAUUUGCCCAUUGAGAUUUGGAGGUUGCGACAAUUAAAACAUCUUAUUGCCUUCUCAUUUCUCCCUUUACCCUUACCUGAAGGAAAAAAAUAUCCUCUUCAAAACUUACAAACACUUUUGCUGGUGACGAACCUUGUGUGGAGUAGAAGAAUGGUGAAAAUGAUUCCAAACAUUAAAAAACUGGGAAUAAGUUACUCCAAGGCGAAGUUUGAUUCGGACGCGCGCUAUCGCCUCAACAAUCUUAAAUAUCUAUGUGGGCUUGAGAAAUUGAAAUUGGAGAUGCAUGGAGAUCUUUCAUUAAGAGAACUGGAAUUGGUGAAGCGUGGAGGUAUUUCAUUUAAAAAUCUGGAUAAAUUUGAAGGAUUUUCAUUUGGAGGUAUAAACUUUCCUUCACAGUUGAGAAGGUUAACCUUGAGUGGUUGGAGGCUUUCUUGGAGUGAUAUGAUGACAACUAUUGGUUCAUUACCUAAUCUUCAAGUGCUUAAACUACGAAACUAUGCUUGCAAAGGCAGUUACUGGAUGACAAUUGAGGGAAAUUUUCGUGAGCUGAGAGUCUUGCUAAUUGACCGAUCAGAUUUGCAUUUUUGGAGAACUGAAGCUAGCCACUUCCCAAGACUCGAGUGCCUAAUGUUUCGUCGGUGUCGUGAUCUAAGUCACCUUCCAAGUUAUAUUGGAGACAUUCCAACACUUAAACUGAUUGAGCUCGAUAACUGGACUACAAGUCUUUAUUUAUCGGCAGUACAUAUAGUGGAGAAACAGCGGAGUUCUGGAAAUGAUAGCUUUCAAGUUCGUUUUAAGUGUUCCUGAUAAGCUGCCCAUUUUCAGAGUUUCUAAAUGUUGAUGAGGAUGACUUGGCUAACAUGGAUGAUGAAUAUAUGCCCGAUGGUGAAGACACACGACAUAAUGAGAACACCGGGUGGUCUUCUCGUACAAGGAUGCAACUAUCAUUCAAUUUACGAGUUUUCAUGACAUCAGCAAGGAGUUUGGCAACAUAAUUUUUAUGCCGACAAAUUAUAUAUUUGUCUACGACAGAGAUAUAUUUAAAUUUAAAUAUGUAUUUAAAUUUAUAAUUAUGAGAAAUGUUAUUUUUAAAUUUAUGUCUAUUAGAUAAAAUUAAUAUCGGCACAUUCUAUUGAAUAAUUUUCAUUAUUUAAAAAAAAUAAUUUUAAGAGUA